GUCUACGUGGUGAGGUCUGGAACCACUAACCCGGUUGUACACUUAUCACCAUGGUUGGGACCCGUAGUGGGUUAGAGACUAGCCCCUAUAGCAAGGAGCAGCAAGAAAAGAUGGUCGCCUUAGUCAAAGAGAAUAAGGAGAGGAAAGAGGGUGAGAAGCAGGCGAAGCUAAAGGCUAUCGCAGACGAGCGGGCGGCGAAGAUGAAGGAAGUGGAGGAGGAGAUGAAGAAAAAGGAGAAGGCUGCUGAAGAAGAAGUGGCAGCAGAGGAAGAAAAAGAAAGAAUGAGGAUUGAGAGCAGAGAGGGGAGUAGUGGCACGAAAAAGGACACAGACGCUGAGAUUGAGAAGAAGAUCAGCGAGUGGGUUGCUAAUUUAUCGUUGGGGGAAGACGAGGAGGCGGAGUCAUAUGUGACUGAGGAUGAGAAGGCCGCACUGGCCGCUGAGCUAGCAGCCAUGACGGACCCGAUGGAACGAAGAGAGAGGGAAGACGAGCAGAAGUUGCAAUGGAAGUUGAGAAUGGAGAGGGAGAAGAGAAGGAGGAGAGAAGAAGUGAAUAAGAUGGCCGCAUCAGUGGCAAAGGUGUAGGAGUGUAGAGCGGAGGUGCUCGCCCAGCCAGAUGAUAAGGCCAAGUGGGACAAGU